AUGGUCCGACAUCCGGAAAUAUUGAAUUUUAAAACUAACUUUAAUGUCUUCAGGUCUGAUUCAGAGUUUGAAGUGUUUGAGCCUGUGCAGAAAGCCAAGCCGAAGAGAAAACUAACAUCUCGAGACACCGUUAGGUCUGACUCCGAGUUUGAAGCGUCUGAACCCGUGCAGAGAGCCAAGCCUAAACGAAAACCAACAUCUCGAGACAGAUCCCAUUCUUCAAAGAAGCCGAAGUCGAAUCCAAAGGAAUCGUUCGACGUGCUGGGAGUUCUGUCGGACGAGGAGGAAGCCAUAGAGAAGGCCACGCGCGCAUCCAACGAGCCGAGGCGGCUCGACAGCAGCUUCAGCAGCAAGACCGCGCACGGCUCGCUGGUGUGGCGCGCGCCGCUGGCCGGCCGCUACUACGUGGAGACGCGCGUCUACAGCGCGGACGACGCGCGCAAGGCGCCCCCGGACCAGCGCUACACCAAGGCGCUCGUCACGCUCAAGGCGCAGCUGGACUCGGAGCAGGCUGAGUGGGACUACUUGCAGAGGUUCCUGAAGAAAGCUAAAACACUGUUUAGCGAUACUAAACCUGUAUUUUAUGAUAAUAAAAUAAAUAAAGUAGGUUUAAAAUAAUAUUGACUUAGGUUUUUUUUCCUUCAUUGACCUCGAGUGCCCAGGCAGGUUAUGAUUUUACAUGUAAAAUUUAGAUAGGUUAGGAUACAAUAAUAAGUAAAACUAAGAUAGUUAAAAAUAACUUUUAGACUAAGUAUUUGUACCUAAGUAAAGUUUUAGAUAGCUAAAAGUAAGUUUUAUAAAGAGCUAGAAAGUUAUUAACAAGUUAUUAAUCUAAUCUAACUACUAAAAUGCCUUUUUGCUCUGAGUGUUGUAUCCAAGUAGAUAGCAGGCGGUGGGUAGGUCACCUGCGCAGCGCCGCACACAAAGGUCGGUGCAACGCGUUGCAGGCGCAAGACUUUGAUGGUGUGGUUGAACUUGCAACUGCUUUCCAGGGUCGCAUCGUGUCCUACAGGAUCACUCCUACAGAUGAGUACGUACACUCUUUGCCUGAUAUGUUUUUGCACAGUAUAUUUUCUAAAAUCGAUAACUUAUUGAAACUCUCAUUGAAAAAGCAUAUAAGUUUAAAAGUUAAUUUCGAAUAUUUCGCUAAUUUCUUUUUAUUUAAGAAUGAGCAAAGUGAAGUCAAGUCAUUUGUUAUUAAAAACUUUUUAGUUACUCGCAAUUAUGACUUUGAUAAGAUAUUUGAAACACUUGUUGAUAGUAUUAAAAACAAAGUUGAGGAAUUCGAAGACCGCGAUAGCGGCUGGACUUUUUUGAGCAAUGUUUCCCUGGAAGUCAAUAUUAAUAGGUACGAUCCUCUUAGAGGGUCGGGUUCAACUUACGUUGAUUUACCACUUACAAUAAAAAAGAAAAAGGCGUGUAUUAAUAUCCGGAAUAAGGAUGAAUAUUGUUUUCUGUGGAGCAUUGUUGCUGCUCUGUACCCGGUGAAAAAGAACGGUGAUCGUACAUCCUCAUAUCCAAACUUUGAACAGGUUCUAAACAUUGAUGGCAUGUCAUUCCCAGUAACGUUCAGCGAUAUCGCAAAGUUUGAAAAUAAUAAUCCUGAAAUAAGUGUAAAUGUAUACGCUUUAAAAAAUAAUCGUACCGUAGUAGGACCUAUAUAUAAAUCAGAAUUUAAGUCAAAAACUAGAACUAAAAUUAACUUACUGUUAGUUGAAAAUAAUAUUAAAUGUCAUUUUGUUCUAAUAAAAAACUUGUCUCGACUUGUCAGAAGUCAGAUUACGAAACAUCACGGAACACUCUAUUUUUGCGAUGAUUGUUUGUUAUUUUUUACUACCGAAGUUAAACUGGAAAAUCAUACAUGCAGUGGUGUAAGCACGGUACUGCCUGAUAAAGGAACGUGUUUAGAAUUCAAACAUUUCGAACGGAAGCAAGAUGUUCCUUUUACUAUCUAUGCAGACUUUGAAACACUUCUUGUACCUUUUCAAGGGUGUGAACCUGAUCCUACAUCAAGUUUUACUUCUCAACGCCAAAAACACAUUCCAGCAGCCUUUGCAUAUUAUAUAGUUUGCUCGUUUGAUAAUGAUUUAAAUAAAUUCGUGCAAUAUCGAGGCAAAGAUUGUGUUGAGAUUUUUCUUGAUAAACUUUAUAAGGACAUAAAAAAGAUUUAUGAUAUCUUAGACAAGGAAAUUGCAAUGGAAUUUGAUGAAAACGAUGCUGAAGCCUUUGCUCGUGCUGAAGUUUGUCACAUUUGCAAUAAAUUAUUGAUUGUAGACAAAGUGAGAGAUCACUGUCAUCUCACAGGACGUUAUCGAGGUGCUGCACAUCAAUACUGUAACCUAAGGUUCAGUGUGCCUAAAUUAGUUCCAGUCUUUUUCCAUAAUUUAGCUGGUUAUGAUUGCCACUUGUUUAUUAAAGAAUUAGCAGAAAGUUUAGGACCUGUCAAAGUCAUCGCUAAAAAUAAAGAAAAUUACGUAUCUUUUACAAAAUUUUUAAAGGUAAACAAUGAAAAAUAUGCUCGAAUUCGAUUUGUUGAUUCUUUUCAAUUCUUAGGAACAAGUUUAGAAAAAUUAGCCGGUGGAUUAGAAAAAACUGAUUUUACGUAUUUGCAAAAGUUCUAUCCCAAAGAAAAUGAAUUUGUGUUAUUAACGCGGAAAGGCGUGUACCCUUAUGACCAUAUGAAACAAUGGAAAUCGUAUUCCGAACGAAAAUUACCUCAUAAAAAAUGUUUCUAUAAUUCGUUAACUGAUACAGACAUUAGUGAUGAAGAUUAUGCUCAUGCUCAAAAGGUUUGGUCUGAUUUUAACAUAAAAGAUAUGGGCCAGUACACAGAUCUUUAUCUAAAGACUGAUGUAUUACUAUUGACAGAUAUUUUUGAAAACUUUCGACACGUUUGUAAAACAAAUUAUCAAUUAGACCCUGCCUUUUACUUAACAGCCCCAAGUCUUUCAUUUGAUGCUAUGUUACUUAAAACAGGCGUUCAGUUAGAUUUAUUAACAGACUUGGAAAUCAUUCGUUUUAUACAGAAAGGGAUAAGAGGAGGGAUCUGUUUGUGUUCAACAAGAUAUGCUCAGGCAAAUAAUAAAUACAUGCCUCAUUAUGAUCCUAGCGAACCCGAUUCUUUUCUGGUUUACAUUGAUUGCAAUAAUUUAUAUGGUUAUAGCAUGUGCCAAUAUUUACCUGUUUCGGAUUUCCGUCUUUUAGAUCAAUCCGAAAUAGAUCUCUUGAAUAUUAUAGACGUAGACGAUAACGCUGAAUUUGGAUACAUUCUUGAAGUCGAUUUAAUUUAUCCUGAAGAGUUACAUCAUAGUCACAAUGAUUACCCUUUUUGUCCAGAAAAGUUCACACCGCCUGGUGGUAAGACUUCAAAACUAAUUCCUAACUUGUAUCCUAAAUAUCAGUACGUAAUUCACUAUGUAUAUUUAAAGACAUGUAUUAAAAAUGGUCUAGUGUUAGAUAAAAUUCAUCGCGUUUUAUGUUUUAGACAAAGCCCAUUUUUAGCUAAAUAUAUUAAUUUAAACACAGAUCUAAGAAAGAAAGCUGUAACAUCUUUUCAGCAAGACCUUUUCAAAUUAAUGAAUAAUUCAGUAUUUGGAAAAACCCUAGAAGACAGCGAAAAAAGAGUAGAUGUACGUUUGGUUAAUAAGUGGUGUGAUAAAUCUAACAAAACUAAAAAGUUCAUAACUGCAGACAGAUUAAUCGCAAGGCCUAAUUUUCAUAGUGCUACUAUUUAUUCAAAUAAUUUAGUCGCGGUACAAAUGAAACAGGAAAGGAUUAUUUUAGAUAAACCGAUUUAUAUUGGUUUUGCUGUUUUGGAACUCUCUAAGAGUCAUAUGUAUGAUUUCCAUUACUCAGUUGUAAAGCCUCACUACGGAGAUAAAGUACAGCUAUGCUACACUGAUACCGAUAGCUUUGUUUACAGAAUUGAAACUGAAGAUUUUUAUAGAGACUUAAAGAAAAAUUUUAUAAACUAUUUUGAUACAAGCAAUUAUAGUUCUGACAAUGUAUUUGGAUUACCACUAAAAAAUAAGAAAAUACCAGGUCUGUUUAAAGACGAGUUAGGAGGUAAAAUUAUGACCGAAUUUGUGGGUCUUCGAUCUAAGUUAUAUUGUAUUAAAACAGAAUCUACAUUAAUCAAAAAGGCAAAAGGUGUUAAGAAAAAUGUAAUCAGAGAUUUGUCGUCAUCUGAUUAUAAAUCGGUUUUGUUAGAUGAUAAAAUAAUUAGAAAAAAAAAUAUUUUGUUUAGAUGCAUUAAACAUGAGAUUUUCACGCAGAGUGUAAACAAGGUAGCUUUAUCAAACCAAGAUGAUAAACGUUUUAUUUCAUCCGAUAAAAUUACCACCUGGGCAUGGGGUCAUCAUAGGAAUUUAUUUUAGAUUUAAUUAGGUAAUUAGUUUGUUAAAAUUUAUUAUAUUUUAUAGAAGGUAUAAUAUUAAUUUCAUUUAGAUUUUAAGAUUCCAUUUUAUAAAUGUGAUA